UGAUCACAUGUAAACAGGGAAAUGCCAGUUAUCUGCAUUUCUCUCCUCUCGAGCUGGCACUGAUGAUCAGUGUCCCCUGAUGAUCAGUGUGGCCCCAGAAGUGCCACCUGUCAGAGUCCAUCAGUGCCAGCUGAAUAGUGCCACAUGCCAGUGCCCAUCAGUGCCACAAUGCCACAUAUCAGUGCAUACCAGUGCACAUCAAUGCCACAAAUCAGUGCCCAUCUGAGCUGCCCUUCAGUGUCACCUAUCAGUGCCAGUCAGUGCCACCUAUCAAUGCCAAUCAGUGCCACCUAUCAGUGCCGCAUAUCAGUG